GAAAUUUUUAUAAUUGGAAUUCUUUAACUGUAACUUCGAACACAAUUAUUUACUUUUUUUUUUAACCAAGAUUACUGAUUUAUUUGGGUAUUCGUAGUAGAAAAAUUUAUCCAACAUUUUAAAUAAGGAUGAAUAUUCUUCCAAAAAAAAGAUGGCAUGUUCGAACCAAGGAUAAUAUUGCUCGUGUACGAAGAGAUGAAGCAAAGGCGGCAGAAGAAGAGAAAGAAUUAAAGCGUCGAAUUCAAUUGGCUGAACAAGAAGCAAGAACAGCAUUACUGAGAAAAAAAGCUAAAGGAGAGUUAGAAAAAAGUGAUGAAUUAGAUGCUGGAGGGCACUUGAAUUUUUUCAAAGAUAUUGAAGAAUCUGGGGGUUUUGUUGGAGGGACUAAUAAAGAACAUGAAGAAGAAGAAAAAGCAAUAAAAGAAAAAUAUGAAAAGGACAUAGGAUUAUUAACAUAUCUUGGUCAAAGCACUCUUGAAGCUAAAGGAGAAGCUCCAUGGUAUUUAAAGGGAAAUUUAAAGGAAUUAUCUUCAACUUCAUCAGAGAAAGAUGAAGUGCCUAAUGAGAAAUAUAAAUCUAAGAUUGAUCCUAUGAAUGAGAUGAAGAAAUACCUAUCUAUAAAAGAAAAGAAACAUGGUGAAAAAGAGCUUUUCAUUUACAAAAAAGUGGAUGAUAAGAAAGCACAAAAGAGUGAAAAUAAGAAAGAUACAUCCAAAAAGCUGUCUAAAAUUGAAGAACUUCGAGCAAAGCGACUUAAACGUGAAAAAGAGGAAAGGCAAAGAGCACAGCAAUUCUUAGAAAGUUUCAGAAAAGGACCACCACAAUCAGAACCAGUUAUAUUAGAUGACAGAGCAAGACAAUACAAUUCUCAAUUCAAUCCACAUCUUGCUCGAAACAAUUUUAUAUCUCCAAAGAAGUAUCAUGAAGAUUAUUAAAAUUGUGGUAUUGAUUUUUUUUUUUUGUAAAUAUGUACACAUUAUGUAAAUAUUCAAAUAAAUGUACAUUUUUAUUUUUAUAUGUGUAU